CAUUUCUUCAUCAAAACAGGGAAAAAGAUGAGAGUGGCUAUUUGUUUGGACACCAUUUUCAUCCCUUUGAGUCUCCUCAUCACACUGAGUUACCAUGUCUAUCUUUGCCACACCAUCAAGAACAAUCCUUCGCGUACAACUUACGGAAUCGACAAGCUCAAAAGAACAACUUGGAGCCUUAACUUAAAUCAGGGUGAUGCGAGCAAAGCUAUGUUGACAGUGCAAAGCUUGAGGAACACUCUUAUGUCUACAAUACUGACAGCUACUAUAACCAUUCUGAUAAACUUGGGUUUGGCAGCUUUGAGCAACAACAGCUACAAUGCUAGCCAUCUCUUUAGCAGUGGAUUUUUCGGUUCUAAGUCAGAUAAAACGUUCGUUUUGAAGUAUGGAUCAACAUCAAUUUGUUUGGUGAUGAGCUUCGUGUUCAGUUCGAUGGCGAUAGGGUUUCUGAUCGAUGCGAAUUUUCUGAUGAAUGCGUACGGGGAGUUUUUGUCAGGAGGGUACACACACACCAUAUUAGAAAGAGGGUUCACCUUAGCUCUUGUGGGAAGUAGGGUGCUCUGUGUUGCUGUUCCUUUGAUGCUAUGGAUGCUGGGUCCAGUUCCAGUACUCAUGGCUUCCUUGGUCUUGGUUUUUGUCCUUCAUGAGUUGGACUUUGUCUGCAAAUUUCCUCACAAACAUACCCAAUCUAUCAUUGCAAAAUAGCCCUCCUAAAACAAUCUCUUUUAUCAUAAUAUCAAAUUUGUUUUUUAUUUAUA